AUGGCACCCCUCCCCGAGCUCACCGAGGUCGUCCCCGUCGUGCACCCGCACGGCGUGCUUGAGCUCCGCCUCAACACGCCCAAGAACCUCAACGCCUUCGGCGGAGAGAAGUACCUCGAGCUCAUCGAGGGCUUCAACUGGGCGCGCGACAACGACGACAUCAAGGCUGUGGUUGUUACCUCGACUGGCCGGUUCUUCUCGGCGGGUGCCGCCAUCGGCGCCGGUGGCAUGGGCGGUGACGGCCCGAAGACGCCGCGCACCGAGUCGCCCGCGACCAAGUACAUUGCGAUGCUGAUCGACUUCCCCAAGCUCGCCGUAUGCGCGCUCCAGGGCCCCGCGUACGGUAUCGCCGUCACGACGCUUCCGCUGUUCGACCUCGUCUACGCCGUCGAGAACGUCACGCUCACGACGCCCUUCUCCCGCCUCGGCAUCUCGCUCGAGGGCUGCUCUUCUGUCACCUUCCCCCCGCUGUUUGGCAACUCGCUCACGACCCGCCUGCUCUACCUCGCUGAGACGGUGCCGAUGGACGACCUCAGGCACACCGGCCUCUUUGCCGGUAUCCUCGACCCGAACGCGUUCCAGGAGACCGUCAUCAAGAAGGUCCAGGACUAUCUUGAGGAUCUUGCGUUCGGCUCCAUCGUCGUCAGCAAGGCUCAGAUCCGCACGCCCGAGCAGAGGAAGUACCUCCACAAGGUCAACAUUGACGAGAUGGCCGCCGUGGACGAGAGGCACAGGUCGCAGGAGCACAAGGAUGCCAUCAAGCGCUUCCAGGAGAAGGCCAAGGCCAAGGCAGCUGCCAAGAAGGCCGGCCAGGCCCAGGCCAAGUUGUAA